CGACAACUCGCCCUCCCGUCUUUCCCUCUCUCUCCUCCCACCACACCCGGUCGUCGUUGUCGCGGCGUGAGCGAGCGAGAGGGGAAAACCCAAAACCCUAGCACCCCCGCCCCGUCGCCGACGGCCGCCGGAGUAGAGAGAUGGCGGUGGACGAGGUGAACUCGGUCUACGUCGGCGGCCUUCCCUACGAGGCCAACGAGGAGAUGCUUCGCGACGCCUUCGGGUACUACGGCACCAUCGUCUCCGUCAAGGUGAUUAAUGAUCAUGCUGUCAAAGGCAAGUGUUAUGGUUUUGUUACUUUCACUCACCCCAGAGCUGCUGAGCAAGCAAUUGCGGGCAUGGACGGCAAGAAAUUAGGCAACCGUAUUGUUCGAGUAAAUGAAGUGCGUACAAGAGGCCCCCGCGAUUUUGGCCGAGAUGGUUUCAGACGAGAUCCAAGAAGGUAUGGUAGAGAUCCAUACUGGGACAGAAGGGACAGGGAACGGAGCUAUGAUCGUGAAAGAGAUCCCUACCAUGACAGGGAUAGUGAUAGAUCCCGUGAGCAUGAUAGAGAAAGAGAUUAUGAACAUGGUGGAUUUAAUAGAGAAAUUGACUAUCCCAUGGACCGAGAUCGUGAAGGAGAUGAGAGACGUCCUAGAGAACAUGAUCGUACAGCAGAAAUGCAUAAUGUGGAUUCAGAUAAUGACAAAGAUAAGGAACAUGUAUCAAGAAAAAGCCGCCCAAAAGGUCGUGAUAGCAGAGAUUUAUCAAGUUCCAGUGAUGGUCUUCAAAAUGAUGGAAAACAUCAGUUGGAUAAAACUAUUCAGAUGCGCGAGGACCUUGAAAAUGAGGUUAACCAGAUUAAGGAUAAAAUAUCUGGGAAAGAACAGCACAUUGCAGAUUUGCAGAAGAAAGCUCAGAAACUAGAGGAUGAACUGGUUGCCGCACGGAAAGUAUCUUCAGAACGACAGUUGGCGGUUACAGACCUGUACAAACAUUUCCUCCAACUUCAGGACUACAAUGAUAGGGUCAAAACAGCUGAACAGAGGCUGCAGUCUCUCGUUGAUGCUGCCUUGGUCGAGCUCGACAUGGCCGAAGAUGCUACUACCAGAGAUGGCUCGAUGUACGAGAACGGCGUGCUUUGAACACCCAACUGCCAUGGGUUUGUGUGGUUGCUGAUUUGUUAGAUUUGUAGUUUGCGUCUGCCAUGUAAUAGAACUGCAUUGUAACUAGAAACAGGAAAAAUGUUGUGUAAGGGUCGGAGAAUCUGCUGUCGUGGUCCCUGAGCCCGGAUUUCUCUUUCGAAGUUGGAUUCAUUAACCGGCCUGAUUAUUCCUGAUACCGUAUGUUUUGAGCGUGAUACUUGAUAUGUCAAGC